AUGCGCUCGCAUAACGGGCCAAGUGAUGCUUCUCACAGUAAUUCUUCUGGCAAUAAUGAACGUCGUAAAGUUCAUGGAUUUGCCAAACUCUUUAAGAAGCGUAAGAAUAAAAGGGAAGAUGCAAUGUUCGUCCCACCCGAUGACUCUACUACACAUAACUUUGGUAAGCUCCAUCUGUCAUUCACAAGAAAGUUGCCUUACAGGCUUUAUUGA